UUUUCCUGGUCCAUUUCCAUUUCCAUUUCCAUUCGAUUCGAUAAUGCCACGCCAUUGCAUACCAAUCACAACAUCCCAUUCCACCCAGUAAAGCAAAAACCAUGAGCAACACCAGCGACGAAAUCGAUGGAAACCAUCCAGGUGACGACAAUGAUGAAAGAAGCGAAUCUAUGUCUCCUUCUCACUCCGUGGAUGUUCGUGGUUUGAACCUCUCGGCUUCACCACUGACCGCGGAAUCAGACACCCCGCGAUUCGGCAACACCGAUGCGGAAGACRYAAGCACGGGUGUUUCCACAUCUCCUUACUACGAUCCCCCAACCACCAACAACACCCACAUCGAACACCUGGCACGUGURAGRGAUAUCGAGCACCUGACACGUAUCAGGGAUACGWUUCAGGAAAUCACCGAAAGGGCGUUCACGCGCACGGAGCAAYUUCUUGCGUCGGAGCUGCUGGACGGCGACCACGAGGAAGAACUCGAMUCGCGAGAGUCCUCCGUGGCCACCGAAGAGGACCAUCGGGAUCGRCUGAGGGCAUCAAACGUGGUAGACAGCCUGCAGGAUCUGAUGCAGAUUCCCACGGCCUCGACCGAGGACGAUGCCGAAACGGAAUUCGAACCGUACUACGAACCGUACUACGAACAUCUUGAAGAGAUUGAGAUUUUGGGCAGAGCCCUAGAAAGCCGGUACGGGUCUUUGGGUGGAGAAGACGAGACCGUAGGCACGCGAAAAAUCCGGUGUCCCAUUUGCUCCGCUGAAUUCAGCGACCCCGGAUCCCGUGGCAGCAACCCCAGCUGCCUGGACCACGUGCGGUGCAGCCACGGGGCUAUGCUCGUCUUCACGAYCCUCGAUCGGUGCUCGAUCUGCCACGAGGAACAGAUCGAAUCRCCCAACGUGGCGCUGGGCUGCGGCCACGUCUUGUGCAAGAAGGACUUUUUGCUGCUGGGGGGCGCCACGGCGGCGAGCGGCAAGCCCGACAGCGACAACGACAASKACGACAGCGAUGAUCGAGAGACAGAUCGGCACACUACCAUAGCGACGAACGCUUUGUAGAAGAGGAAUGUCGGCUGCUUGUAGCUG